AGGGAAGUUAUAAGUAUUCACAUCGGACAAGCUGGUGUGCAAAUGGGCAACGCCUGUUGGGAGUUGUACUGUCUUGAGCACGGUAUUCAACCUGAUGGACACAUUUUGGUGGCUGAUCGAAAAGAUGCGGACGAUUCCUAUACCACAUUCUUCAGCGAGACCGGCACCGGUCGAUUAGUACCCCGGGCGAUUUUUGUCGACCUGGAGCCAACCGUCAUAGAUGAAGUUCGAACGGGACCGUAUCGCCAGCUGUUUCAUCCAGAACAACUGAUCACCGGCAAGGAAGAUGCCGCGAACAAUUACGCUCGUGGUCAUUACACCAUUGGGAAGGAAAUCAUCGAUGUGGUGCUCGACCGUAUUCGCCGGCUGACCGACAAUUGCACAGGCCUGCAAGGCUUUUUGAUUUUCCAUUCAUUCGGUGGUGGCACUGGCAGUGGCUUCACUUCGCUUCUCAUGGAACGGCUGUCUGUAGAUUACGGCAAGAAGAGUAAAUUGGAAUUUGCUAUUUACCCAGCUCCACAGCUUUCUACUGCUGUCGUAGAGCCGUACAAUUCGAUUUUGACUACUCAUACAACGCUAGAGCAUUCUGACUGUGCUUUCAUGGUGGAUAACGAAGCAAUUUUCGACAUUUGCAGGAGAAAUCUUGACAUAGAGCGCCCAAGUUAUACUAACCUCAAUCGACUGAUCGGUCAGAUAGUGUCAUCGAUAACGGCUUCGCUGAGAUUCGACGGUGCUCUUAACGUUGAUCUCACUGAAUUUCAGACCAAUUUGGUGCCCUACCCUAGAAUUCAUUUCCCGUUAGUCACUUACGCACCUGUCAUUUCUGCCGAGAAGGCGUAUCACGAGCAGAUUUCCGUGUCAGACAUAACGAAUCAGUGUUUUGAACCUGCGAAUCAAAUGGUAAAAUGUGACCCGCGACACGGAAAGUAUAUGGCUGUUUGUCUACUGUACCGUGGAGACGUUGUUCCAAAGGACGUCAACGCGGCGAUCGCUAGCAUUAAGACUAAACGAUCGAUCCAGUUCGUCGACUGGUGUCCUACCGGUUUCAAGGUUGGAAUAAAUUACCAACCACCUACGGUGGUUCCCGGCGGAGAUCUGGCCAAAGUUCCUCGAGCUUUUGAUCUCAUGUAUGCGAAACGGGCAUUCGUUCACUGGUAUGUCGGUGAGGGUAUGGAAGAAGGGGAGUUUUCAGAAGCUCGAGAGGAUAUGUCAGCACUCGAAAAAGACUAUGAAGAGGUCGGAAUUGACAGCACGGAUAUUGAUGUUGAAGGAGAAGAAUAUUAA